ACAACACAGGACGAGGGAGGGAGAGAGAGAGAGGCUUCUCGUGUCUUACCCAUCGGUGGAACCAAAGAAUCUUUUUUCGAGCCACAGGAAAGGCCAAUCGAAGAGGCUGAGGAUAGGUCGAAAAAAAUUAGGGUUUCUUUUCCUCCCGGGGCUCUCUUGGGUUUCCUUCGUCUCGCUUAUUGAGUGUUAUUCAUCUUGCAAGUAAUCAAGUGGCCUGACGACCUGUACCUGAACUUUUGCUGCAAUAUUUUUAAGAUUUACGACUAGCUGAGCUUCUGUAACAGACUCUCUCGGGCUGUGAACAGUGAACUCUAGCUGUGAUUGGGUAAUGAGUAUGUGGCUGUUAUCAUGCUCGAACCAAGGGAAGCUGAUAUACCCACAUUGUUCCUGGUCUUGGUUGUACUUCCUGUGGUAGCUUAUGUCUUAUUAGGAAAAUGGGGUGAGGCUUCAGAGAGAAGGGAGAGGGUGAACUUGCUUGCUCAAAUGGCAGCUAAGGAAGCUCUAAAAUCUGAGAGCUUAGCUGUUCCAAGUGAUGUCCCAGUUGGUUUUCCUUCCAAGAAUAAUGGGUUACAUGUGUGUGCUAGUUGCUCUAGUCCAGCGAAAACACGCUGCUCCAGAUGCAAGUCUGUUAAAUAUUGCUCUGGGAAGUGCCAAAUAUUUCAUUGGAGGCAAGCUCAUAAGGAUGAAUGCGUCCCGGUUGAAACCAGCUCUACCUCAUCCGAGAAGAUUGUUCCUGAGGAAGAUUCUGUUUUGCAUGACUAUGGCAUGGAUUAUUCUUCAUAUAUUUAUAACGUUAAGCAGGCUGCUAGGGGGAAGACAGCUUUGGAUAAAGCAAUACAUCCUCCUAAAAAUACCGUAGAAAUCUCUAGCUGGGAUGAAUCCAGAGGUGGUAAUGGCUCCCAAGUCAUCAUGCAAGAGAAAAGAAGUGCAGAAAAGUGUAAUUCUUGCAAGUCCAACCGAGGAUCAUCUAGAAGAGAAAAUGGUUCUGUGUUUGAUUCCUCUGAAGAAGCUUCUCAGGAAGGGACAUCCUGUUUGGGUUGUGGUGACAACAAUAACACGUUGAAGGAGGUUCACAAUAAGCAUAAGAUGAGAAACAACAGCUCCUCUCGGGUGGAAGAAAAUUCAAUAAGUCAUGAUCCCAGCAGCUCUUGUAUGAGAAUGAAUGAACAGCCUUCUGCAAGAAGGAGUGUGCCAGAGAAUUUCAAGCAGCACAAUUCUGAUAAGAACAGUGUGGAGGCAAGAAUCUCUUUUGGGUAUUCAAGCGAACAAUGCAGUGCACAAGGGGCCCGAAUUGCUAAAUCGCCCAAAUCAGGUGUAAAAAAAUCUGGCGGAGAACAUCCUUGUACAGAGGCAAGCAUGAAGGGACCAGUGACUGAGGAAUCAAAGAUUAGUAAAGCUAAGCAUAUUGGUGCUGCUGAAGAAAGCAACGGUAUCUCAACCAUGGAUAUUAUGAAGAUGAUGGGUUUAAGAAAGUCUAUGAAGCUUACUAGACAUGGUGCUUCUGAACAGUGCGAUGAUAGACACAAGAAAUUGAAAAUGUUGUUUCCCUACGAGGAAUUUGUGAAAUUCUUUCAGUCUGAUGUGUUUGACCUGUCGCCUAGGGGCCUUCUAAAUUGUGGAAACAGCUGCUAUGCGAAUGUCGUCUUGCAAUCCUUAAUGUGUACGAAGCCACUUGUUGUCUUUCUGCUUCGGCGAUCACAUUCGAGAACAUGUUGUCGGAAAGAUUGGUGUCUUAUGUGUGAACUUGAGCAACACAUAAUGAUGCUAAGAGAAAUUGGCGGCCCGCUUUCUGCUAGCAGAAUUCUCUCUCAUUUGCGGAGCAUAAAUUGCCAGAUUGGUGAUGGAAGUCAGGAAGAUGCUCAUGAGUUUUUAAGGCUUUUGGUUGCUUCUAUGCAAUCCAUAUGUCUGGAGAGUCUUGGGGGUGAGAAUAAAGUGGACCCGAGAUUGCAGGAAACAACUUUUGUUCAGCAUACUUUCGGUGGACGGCUCUGUUCAAAGGUCAAAUGCUUGAGAUGCCAUCACGAGUCGGAGAGAUAUGAGAAUAUAAUGGAUCUCACGUUAGAGAUAUAUGGUUGGGUCGAGUCUCUUCAAGAUGCAUUGACUCAGUUCACUACACCCGAAGAUCUGGAUGGAGAAAAUAAGUAUCGAUGCAGCAGGUGUGCUGAAUAUGUUCGAGCAAGGAAACAAUUGAGCAUACAUGAAGCACCGAAUAUUCUCACGAUUGUUCUGAAGAGAUUCCAGGAAGGAAGAUACGGGAAAAUAAACAAGUGUAUAACCUUUCCCGAAAUGCUGGAUAUGAUUCCGUUCAUGACUGGAACCGGAGACGUUCCUCCACUCUAUGUGCUUUACGCUGUUGUAGUUCACUUGGACACCCUGAAUGCGUCUUUUUCGGGGCAUUACAUAUCGUAUGUCAAAGAUUUACGAGGCAGCUGGUUCAGAAUAGAUGAUUCCGAGAUUCAUCGGGUGCCGAUGAGCCAGGUGAUGUCGGAAGGAGCAUAUAUGUUGUUCUACAUGAGAUCACAUCCUCGUCCCCAGAGAACAGAACACAACUGGAAAACUCAGUUCAGACAUCACGAAUCCAGGAAUCAGACCCGAGAAGAGAGGAAGCUGACCAACCAGUUCAGACCGAAACCAGGCCAAUGGGAUUUCUCGGAUGCCACUUCAAGCGACUGGUCUCUCUUCACGAGCUCAGACGAAGCUUCAUUCACCACAGAAUCCACACGAGAUUCCUUCAGCACCAUAGAUUACGUGGAUGCGGCCUGCAACCCGGACUCGCCCUUCUCCAUCUUCAACAACCUUUACCCCGUAGAAUCGUCGCCACACAACACUGUCGCCUGCCGAAUGUUCUCAGGUACCAAACCCGAAACCCACUAUUUCAUCGAGGGGAAUAGUUACAGCGACACUGUCGUAGUAGAUGCAUCUGAAGAUUAUUACGGUAGCAGCAUGUAUGUAGAUUAUGGGACUAAUCCAGGAUAUGAAUGUCUGGAUCUGGAUCGAACUUACAGUUAUCGAUGACAUUCGUAGUUUGUCAUGGACGGGUUCUGUCGAACCCGUGAUUGAAAUGUUGUAGAUUUUAGGGAACCUUAACUCGGGCGCCCGAAAGUUUUUGUCUUUUGAGUAAAGCUCUAUGUUUUCGGUA